AUGCAACUUUACAGCGGCAGCGAAGAGGGCAUCCCUCGGCCGGCUGGGGAAGAAGACUAUAAAACCGCUAUCGUGGAUCUCCAUCUGGUGCCCGGGGAAGGGCGAAGAAACUACACUGGCUUCUUCACAAAAACCAUCCUCUAUUCGUUUACCUUGCUUAUAUUUCUGAUAUCAUCCGCGUUGACGCUGGCGUCAAUCAUCCUUCCAAGAUGGCUUGGUUAUUACAGUGAAACGCCCUCCGGUGAGCAGUUUUAUCUUACGUACGGCCUGACCAGACGGUGCUCGUCCGAAUCGCCAGCAUGCGACCGCUUCCCCCAAUAUCAAGACUGCCAGCCUGACAGCUCCCUGUUCGGAGGCGGCAACCCCAACGGUUUCAGCAGCUCUGGGUUCAGUCAUCUCACCAGCUAUGCGAUAUCCAAUCCGACAUUCUGCUCUAUGUGGCGAUCGGUGGGGUUCUUCUUAGCUCUCGCUGUUGUACUCGAGGGAAUGACAUUUGUGGCAUAUGUGGUGAUACUGGCUGGAGGAAAACAGAUGAGAGAAACAGGCUGGAAGAUAUUGACCAUCCUUCUCGUUUUGAUUGGCCUUGUGCAGGCUGGUGGUAUGGGGCUGGUGUCAUAUCUAUUUGACAACGACGAUCGCUUCUAUCCCGGAUGGAAGCUCGACGACUCAUGGAUUCUAUGCACGGUUAGCAUGUGUCUGGUCCUGGUCAACGCGGUGGCGAUGUUCAUGAUCGCUCGACUGCUGCCAAACGAAGGCGGCUACGAGCUGAUAGCAGAGCACGAUUGA